AUGGCUAACCUGACCCUUACAAUCCCCCUCGCGCCCAAUCAGAUCCACUCCUCCUCCAAGACCCUCCUCGGCCUGCCCCUCGAGCUCCGCACCCAAAUCUGGCGCGCCGCCCUCGUGUCCCCGCCAAAGCACUCCCUCAACCACCACGCAGACUGCCACUUCCGCCAGAACCACACCCGCACCUCCAUCGAGCCGCCCGCGCAUCUCGUCCUCGAGCCCGCGGUCGAGCUCGUCGAGCCACGCCUGUACCCCUGGGACGCCCCCUCGCAGUGCCGCUGCGCGAAGCGCCGGGGCUUGAACCUGCUGCUCGCGAGCCGGCAGGUGCACGCGGAGGCGGCGCCGCUGUUCUGGGGCGAGAACACGUUCGUGUUCGAGAGCUCGGACGAGUUCACCGUCGCGGUGGGCAGCAGGCUGCGCGAGGCGUACCGGCGGCUGCUACGGAGCGUGUACGUGGGCGGGUUCCAGGAGGCGGACAAGAGCCUGAAGACGAGCGUGAACUUGUUCACGGGAGAGUACCUCGAGCAGCCGAUCCAGCGGUGGUGCCAGUUCUGGGGGGUGCUGAACCAAUGCCGCGGGCUGCGGGAGCUGGCGAUCCGGCCUGAGGUGGUGCGGAAGCACGCGGUGUACCUGGCGAAGCUGCGCGAGCGGCUGCCGGAGCUGCGGAAGCUGGAGAUGACUUGUCUGUACCGGCGGGACUGGGGGAGUUUCCGGGGGUGGGAUAGGGAUGUGCAGCGGGGGGUUGUGUUUGUGAGGGCGGCGGAGGAGGUUGAGCUGGAGAGUCUGAGGGGGAUUGACGCGAAGGGGUGUAAGGAGAUGUUCCGGGAGUUCACGACGAACUUUUGCGUGUACGUGGACCGGAUUGUGCGGGAGAGGUUUUUGGGGUGCGAGGAUGAGGAGGGGCAGCUGGAUUUGUUUGAGGAGGGGGUGAAGGUGAAUGAUGCGCAGCGGGAGUUUGUGGUUGGGCUGCCGAACGGGACGGAGACGCGGAUUGUGUUUAUGGGGGUGCCGUUGAGCAAGGAGACGAGGGUGAGGUUGGCGAUGGGGCGGAUGCAGAGGGAUCGGAGGUUGAGGGCGGAGGGGAAGAGGACGCCUGCGGAGGAGAAGUUGUAUGAGGCGGGGAGGAAGAAGAGGGAGCUGUGGAAGGAGAUGGAGGCUGACGAGGAGGUGCGCGCGAGGCAGCGGGUCUUGGAUGGGAGGAGGUGGAGGGAUGAGGACAGGGCCGAGGAGGAGAGGCGGGCGAGGGAGGCUGAGAGGGCUGAAGUGAUGAGGGCGGCUGAUGUUGCGAGGGAUGAGAGGAAGAUUGAGAGGAAGAGGGGCGGGAAGCUGGGGGUGGUCGAGGUGAAGGAUGUGGUUGAGGAGGAGCUCGUGGAGGUGAUGGGCAAGGCGAGGAUUACCAAAGGUGCUGCGAAGAAGGAGACGAAGACUGGUAGGAAGAAGAAGGGGAUGAGUAGGAAGAAGGGAGGCGUCAGUGAGAUUGAGGAGGGCUUGGGAGACUUGGACUGGGACUCUUGGGACCCUUCUGGAGAUGGGUGGUAA